CCUCGCCUGGCGCCGUAGUAAACAGUGAUGGCUUCCUCCGAGACGCAACCUCGCUUCGGUCAAUCUGUCAAAGGUUUAUUGUCUGAUAAAGUUACUUCUUGCAGUGGAGAUGUGAUCGCUUUGACCCGUCAAGUGUUGAAAGGAUCCAGAAGCCAAGAACUACUCAGUCAGGCAGCGAGAAAUAUGGUAAUUCAAGAAGAUGCAAUUCUGCAUUCUGAAGAUAGUCUACGGAAGAUGUCUAUUAUAACAACCCACUUGCAGUAUCAACAAGAGGCCAUUCAAAAGAAUGUUGAACACUCCAAAAACCUGCAGGACCAGCUCAAACACUUGAUGAAAUAAUGGAGUCUUUGUAAUAACAUGCUAUGAAUAUUGCUUUCUCUAGUUUUCCAUUGAUUUUUUAAAACAAUAGAUCACAUCAUUCUUUGAUACUGCAGAUGAUGGCUUAUUGCAUAGCAGAUUGCUAUUUAAAAAAAAAAAAAAAAGCACGGGCCAA